ACCAGUGUUCACCUACCAACGACGACACACAAACAACCAAACCAGGCUUGACCGAUAAACAUGGAGGACGCUCAUGACGAUACCGGUGAAGAUCGAGCGGCGCGGGUGCCCUGCGCAGAGCGCAACGCCGACUGGUUCUCGAAGAUUGACCAUAUCCAAGAGGCAGGUUAUCUUUUUGUGCUACAAGAGUGCGGUGAGGACUUCUCGAGACUACAGUUGUGUGUCAUGGGCGUCAGCGCGAAUGUCUCGAGCGCCGACUGGUGGAGUCACGACUCUUCAGCAGAGUCUUUCAUUGGGAGCGAUAUCUCAAGGGUGUUUGGUGAUGACUUUGUGCACCACGUGGACAUCCUCGUGCGUGACCUAAAAACCAAGAUGGAUCCCGGCGGAGGCAUCCUCGGCGAACCGGGAUCGGUGGACCUUCUACCCUUUCCAGAAGUCACCCUCGAGCAUCUAGCCUGUAGAGUUGCGCCCAGUAACCCGGGAGUGUACUUGCUGGAGAUGGAAGAAAAUAAAGGACCUCAUAAUGCCUGCAGGGGGGGUGCGCCCGACCUCGGGCACGUGGCGCGAGUGAUGCGGUGCUUUACCCCCAGCGCCACCCCAGAAAUGUUCACCGCCGCUGUUUGUAACUCUCUCAUGCGAAGCGUCUCCGGGUACGACCGUAUCAUGGUCUACCGCUUCUCCAGUGACUGUUGCGGCGAGGUGAUCCACGAGACCGUCCGACCUGGAGCUGAGGUCAGCUCCUCCUAUCUGAACCUCCGAUUCCCUGCAAGCGACAUCCCGGAAAUGGCGCGGAGGUUGCUCCUGCUGAAUAAGACGCGUUUCAUCUGUGAUACUUAUAUGAAGGGCGCGGUGCUUCAUGUCCACUCCGACCUCAACACGGGCAAGAGGCUGGACCUCAGAAUGAGCGCCCUAAGGGCCCCCGCACAAUGCCACCUCGAGUACCUCCAGAACAUGGGCGUCAAGGCGAGUCUGACCGCGGCUAUCACCGUCGACGAUGAGCUCUGGGGGAUGUUUUCCUUUCACAGCUACACGAGGACUGUGAUUCCGACGAUCGAAGAGCGAACUCUGGUGGAGAUGGCGGCUAGUGUGACCGGGAUGACCGUGUCUCGCCACGAACGUGAGAUGACCGUGACGGCCUCGCUCAUCCUCAACAACACACUGGGGAAGCUAAGUGAGCACAUCAAGAUCCGUGAAUUCCUGUCGGCCGAGAACCAAACCCUUCUGAACCUCCUGAAAGCGGAUGCUAUUGUCGUGUGCGAGCAGUCGCGCUUGGUCACGGUGUACGGGGACAGCGAGCUUGGAUUAACCCUGGAGGAGUGCACUGAGUUGUUUGAAGACGACCGCUCGGGAAAUACGCUGUCUUUCCAUUCUGAGAACGACAGGGGUAUCGCUUGUUUCUCCGUGCGCUCCUUCCUGAUCGCUUUUGUGCGCGGCAGCGCCGUGCGCCACGUGUCCUGGGCCGGUACGCCGGAUCCACCGUUGCUAGACGAAGAAAGGUUGCACCCUAGGGCGUCUUUUAUGAGGUUCGUGGCGGAGGCGUCAAUACCAUUCCCUCCGUGGUCUGCGUCAACCAAGCAGCUUAUCAACGUCGUGCGACACGGCAUCUCUUCUCACAUGUACUCGGAGGCUCUACCCGCCGACCUCGAGGAAGUCUUCGCCCACGUCUCUCAUGAGCUGCGCACUCCCUUCCACGGAGUCAUGGGCUCGCUUGAGAUGCUGAAAGAUGGGACGGCCACCAUGGGGUUAGAGCAAAGGAUGGCCAUCGUCGACUCCGCCAUCGAGUGUGGCAAUUCCAUGAUGUCCACACUGAGCGACAUCUUGGACAUAGCGAAGGACCGCAACAACACCAAGCUAAACUGCACGACAUUUGCUGCGUGGACCCCGAUCCUAGAGACGAUGUCGGCUAUGAAGCAGUUCGCCACCCGUAAGACUAUCGAGCUCAGCAAGAAGGUUGAGCAGACCGUGGGCGAGCUGACAGUCGCGGGGGACGAGAGGCGCAUCAAACACAUCGUCCAGAACUUGGUCAACAACGCCAUCAAAUUCACCCCAACGGGGGGGAAGGUUGAGGUCUCACUCCUCGUGUUCGAUGCCCCGGAAAAGGUGCAGGCUUGGUGGGACGAGCAGGCCGCCCGGUUCGAAAGUAGGUGCUGGAAAGGUGUCGAUGUGAAAAAUGACCGCGGCAACGAUACGGGGGGGGACGGUGACGGUAAGACGGGGGACUCCGUAAAGCGUUGGGUCGUGUACAGCGUGGAAGACACCGGUGUUGGCGUCUCUCGUGGAGACAUACUGGUUCUCACGUCGGCCUACCGGCAGCUCUCGCAUGGCGCCUCAAAGGAGUACGCGGGGACCGGCCUUGGACUCCACAUCAGCAGCACUCACAUUCGCACCAUGUCUGGCGGGCUGGGAAUAGCUUCCACAUCCGCCCAAACGGGAGAUCGCAAGGACAGCUCGGGUACCAUAUUCGCGUGCGCCAUCCCGCUGCUCGUGAGUCCGGUGAAGAUCGCCGGAGCUGUGCAAGAUGAGACAGUUGCCGACCCCGGGACGACAACUACUGUCCCCCAUGCGGUGACAUUCCUGGUUGUCGACGAUCAUGCGGUGAAUGUCAAGCUUCUCAAGCACAGGAUCACGAAGACGUUCGACGACAGGAAACUGCAAGUAAUUACUGCGACAGACGGAGAGACGGCAAUCCAGCAGUGGGAGGCCGUGAAGGGGCUAGGAAAAGACAACGACCAUGUCUUUGCCGGGGUGUUCAUCGACUUUCACAUGCCGAACAUGAACGGCAUGGAGUGCACUGAAUGCUUGCGGCGCCUCGAGGCGAAGAACGGGUGGUCACGCACUCCAAUCUCGGGGUGCACGGCCGACCUGACCGAGAAGGCCACGAAGCAGUUCACCGAUGCGGGUGGGGACGAAGUGCUGUGCAAGCCUUGGAGGGCGGGAGAUGUGAAGAGCAUGUGCCACCGCAUGAUAGCGAAGGCGCUAGAGGCGGAAAAGAAAAGUUCUUAGUUCGUUUCAUAGAUGUGGGAUGCUAUGUACUAACAUAGCAGUUGUGGCUUCUUGGCGAUUU